ACAAAAGGGGAGACGAAGCAAGACAAACCAAAGGGCAAGAAAGCACCUCCCUGCUCUCCACAAGCUGACACAAAAGGGUAGACGAAGUAAGACAAACCAAAGGGCAAGAAGGUGCUCCUCCCCCCCGCUCUCCACAUGCUGACACAAAAUGGGAGAUGAAGCAAGACAAACCAAAGGGCAAGAAGGUGCCUCCCUGCUUUCCACAAGCUGAUACAAGCUCCAAAACCAAAGGGCAAGAAGCCCCCCCCCCCCCCCCCCCUCGCUCUCCACAAGCUGAUACAAUAGGGUAGAUGAAGAAAGACAAACUGACGCGCAAGACGGCGCCACCCCGGUCCACACAAGCUGACACAAAAAAGGGACGGCGAAAGCACUGCUACUUCCACUGCCACGGGUUAUUUAAGGUCGUGCUGGCCCACGUGUUACAAAUAAGAACCGCUCGAGACUCAGAUGAGGGUCACAUCCAUGUACCAAAGAAGUGAAUACAACCUUUUUUUCUUUUUUUUUCAUCAUCAUCACUAUGCCCGGCUACGUCGUCGUCUCCCGAUUCCAGCGGUGAAGACCCACCUCACGCAAUUGAGAUUAUAUCAGUAUGACUGGAUCAUAAUCGCCUGCCACCUACCUUUCCCUGUAUCUGUCACUUCCCCUUACAUAAGUGAGGAGUGGCAGGCUAGAGACACGCUCUCCAGGCCGACCACUCCUGCUCUCUCUUCAUUCCUCCUAGAUAUUACUACAAAGAUGCCAUAUUCUUAUUAGUGUGUUUCGUGUGCCCCCCCUAUGUAAUACCCUCUCCUAGAGGGCCUUUAGGGUAUUUGAAUAAAUAAAAUAAAUAAAUAUCCGUGAGUUGGCUCAAAACACAUUAGAUCUACGGAUAAAUCCUUAGAGUUGGCAUCACUGCAUCGUUCCGCUGAAGAUUCAACGUGUACACCUGUGAGCAAAAGUAUAUGGACCAGGGAUUGCGCAAUAAAACUAAUUUUCUCCUGUGUCUGUGAAUGCAACUUGAAAGUAAAGAUUGUAGUCCAAACUUGGCAUUAUGAAUUUUCUAGUGCACUCUUCAGUUUCCGUUUAUGCGUAUUAAUUAUGAGGAAAUUCUGUUUUAUCGGCGACCCUGUGGUCUGUAUACUUUUGCUCACGGGUGUACGUCAGACUCUGCCGCCGCGCUGCUAUUCGUCAGACGCAGCGCCGCUGGGAAGAUUUCCACCAAUAGCGGACAGAACUGCGUUGUGGCGCUUCUAGACCGGUUUCUGUGGAAGCUGUGGCUGGAAUAUUAAAUGAUCCGCAUCAUAUAAAACGUAGUCUCGCGAGUCGCAUAGUUAAAACUGGUUGACGUUCAGCAUUGCUCUACGCCGUCAUGCAUUCGCACGUUGUCAAUGGCAGGUAGAGAAAGCAGCGGCAAGUGUCCGUCAAAUGCCUUAUGUAUGCAUGCGCGAGCAAAUUGGCUCGUCUAUAGUCCCCAUGUCCUCUCUUAUCCUUAGUAGCCAUGUCCCUGCUUUCAAUUUCCUCGGAGGCUUCUUUAUUACGAAAACUCGCCCUGCUGGGGGAGCUUUUUGAGUCGUAUGUCUGUCAAGGGAUCCGUUGAUCCAUUUAGCCUUUCCUGGUACAUCUCCAUAGUCGCACGUAUCCAUCCAUAAGGUAGAGGGUAAGGAUGUUGGCAAGGAGCUACUUUUCCCACAAUGCCAGUGAAAUCUUUCUCAUUAUCCCCGUUUCGAACGAGUAAUUUGUGCGGUAAGCUGUCUUUUUCGUUCCAACACUUGGGCGAUUUUGGCUGUUCGUGCAUGCAUUGCUUGACAUCGGUGCGCUCAUUACAGCUUCAGCUCCUCUUUGUAUCGGUGGCAUUCGUGGGGUAACUAUGGAGGGAUACGUGGCAAGCGUAUCGCGCUUAUAUGGAAGGCUCUCCUGCAUUCUGACUUGUAUAUGGCUCGCACUAAAGUCAGCUGCGAAGAGCACAACGUGGCGAAGACAGUAAUAAGUUAGCACACCUUUGGCCAUCUGCCAUGUCAUGCUGAAUGCUCUGGCUCUCGUCAAACACCGAGGUUAAGUAGCAUUGGGCUUUGCCAGUCCUUGGCAGAGGAAACACUAGGAAAUAAGGUAUGCCGUGCUUAAGUCUCGCCUGUUCUUCUACGUUGUAGUUCUAAGUGCCCGUGGCAGAAAAUGCCGCCCACCACUCCGUCCUUUAACAAGCACUGCUUUGUUUUUGCGCUUUCCUUUCACCUAGUUUACAUAGUGACCAUGUUUGUCUGCUUGUCAUUUUUUUUUUAUCUGUCGUGAAUACACCUAUUUGUUAAGAUCCGUAGUGUGAAAUUUUUAAGCGUGCAGCUCUAAGACAAUCGAGCGGUGCACGAGUGAGGGCUUUAAGGCAAGCUCACUGUGCUCAAGUUAUCCGGCAGCAGCCUGAAAAAUAACAGAGCACAAAGUCCACGCGGCGCGCAUGGAGUGCGUGCCACGAUGAAAGGGCUCGCGCUUAUGUAAAAGGCUUGACUGUGUGCAUGCUCGUAAAGGCGGCACGAUUCGGCAUACUUACAUUAGUGCUGCACGCAGGGGCUGUUGAAAGAGACGUUGGAGAAACACCCCCAAGAGCAAAUGAAAGGGCAGCGAGAAUCAGUGACCAGCUUUCUGUCAUCACUACGCUUGGAAAGUGUGUCUGCCUCCAACGACACAACGCAGUGCAGCUUCUGUAAGUCAUACCUAGACUACGUCGAGAGGUGCCUGAUGAACAGAAGUGCUGCGCAGGUAAUGUACCGGGUGAGCGUGGUGUGCGAGUUUUUCUACACCACCAUAGAGGAACCCUGCCGUCUGGCCGUGGACAAAAACGCUAACAUCAUCUAUGCCGGCCUCAAGUAUCGCAGUGACCCUGCCCUGCUUUGUGGCGUUAUGACGCUCUGCCCGCAGGCAUCCACUGCACAUAGGCGAAAACUUUCUGGAGAGCCUUCGUCGACAGGUUGUGACUUCAACCCAACGAUUGAACCAUAACUUGUUAGAUGUCCCAGUGCUAUAUACGAUGAGACGAAUCGGAAACUCCUCUACAAAAGAUGAUGAAACUAUUCAUCGCUAAUCGCAUAAAUCACGUUCCAAUCACACGCUCCAGAGGCGUGCAAUUGAUUUGGAAAUCCAAUGAAUGCAGAGGAUCGAGGAAACUCGGUGUCACAAUUUUAUACGACGUAUAGUCGCAUACAUAAUAAAACGAGUUAUCCAACUA